GACAACUCUCCUAUGGCGGGAGCUACGGGCAGAGCCCUUAUCACUCUCUCUCUAAACUCCAACCUUUCACCCUUCGUACGCUUAUCUCAUGGCCACACCAUUCCAUUUCUCAAUCUGUCUGCAAGACGCUGCAGGGUUUUGCUAGGGUUUAGACACCUCUGUUCUGUCACCUCCACCGCUACGGCCACCGUUUCCGACACGACGGAGUCCAUUGAUCCUGACCAAAUCAAGCACUCAAUUCUUCUUGAGAGACUCAGAUUCAGGAACCUUAAGGACUCCACUAAAACCCCAGAAAUUAAGAAUUCAACGAGGUCAGUUUCUGUCUCUGAAAAGGGUCGUGAGAAUGAGGGGAAGAAGUCAGAGAAGAAGAAGUUUGUAGGAAGUUUUGAGGAGUUGGGCCUCAGCGAUGAGGUAAUGGGAGCCGUGAAGGAGAUGAAUAUUGAGGUUCCCACGGAGAUUCAGUGUAUCGGCAUCCCUGCUGUCUUGGAAGAGAAGAGUGUCGUUUUGGGAUCUCAUACUGGUUCUGGCAAGACUCUUGCUUACAUGCUUCCCCUUGUUCAGUUGCUUAGACGGGAUGAACAAUUGAAUGGAUUGCUUAUGAAGCCCAGGCGUCCCCGAGCUGUUGUGCUAUGCCCUACGAGGGAGUUGUCUGAGCAGGUAUUUCGAGUUGCAAAAUCUAUCAGCCACCAUGCAAGAAUAAGGUCUACUAUGGUAAGUGGGGGUGGCCGUCUCAGGCCUCAGGAGGAUUCAUUAAAUAACCCCAUUGACCUGGUUGUUGGUACUCCGGGUAGAAUUCUGCAGCAUAUUGAGGAAGGCAAUAUGGUAUACGGUGAUAUCAAAUACUUGGUAUUGGAUGAGGCAGACACAAUGUUUGAUCGAGGUUUUGGUCCUGAUAUUCGCAAGUUUAUUGGCCCGCUAAAGCAUCGUUCAUUAAAACCUGAUGGCCUAGGUUUUCAGACUAUCCUGGUUACUGCUACCAUGACAAAGGCAGUGCAAAAGCUUGUUGAUGAGGAAUUUCAGGGCAUUGUGCAUCUACGAACAUCAACACUACAUAAAAAGAUUGCUUCUGCUCGUCAUGAUUUUAUUAAGCUGUCGGGUUCUGAAAACAAGCUGGAGGCAUUACUGCAGGUUCUGGAGCCAAGCCUGGCAAAGGGGAAUAGAGUGAUGGUUUUCUGCAAUACAUUGGAUUCUAGCCGUGCAGUGGAUCAUUUUCUCAGUGAAAAUCAGAUAGCUACUGUCAAUUACCAUGGAGAGGUACCAGCAGAGCAAAGGGUUGAAAACCUCAAGAAGUUUAAAAAUGAUGAAGAUGAUUGCCCUACAUUAGUUUGCACAGACUUGGCUGCUAGGGGUCUGGAUUUGGAUGUCGAUCAUGUUAUCAUGUUUGAUUUCCCCUUGAACUCUAUUGAUUACCUUCACCGCACUGGUAGGACAGCUCGUAUGGGUGCAAAAGGGAAGGUAACUAGCUUGGUUGCAAAAAGAGACUUAACCUUGGCCACUCGAAUAGAAGAAGCAAUAAGGAAGAAUGAGAGCUUGGAGGCUAUCAGUAAAGAAAGUGUUAGGAGGGAGAUUGCUAGGACCCAAAUAACUCAGCAGAAGGGGAAGAAUAACAAAUUGGUAAAGGUUUCCAAAGGGAAAAGCACUUCUACUGUCCGUGCCACUUCCAAAAAAGCAUUGAAGAAGCCCACUGUAUCAAAAGUAUUAAAAAGUUCUUCUAGUGUUAACACUGGUUCGAGAAAAGUAUCCAAACCAUUAAAAUCAGCAAAGGCAGGAGGGAUUCAGGUUAAAAAAUCUGUAAGAUCUUCCAAUGCAAGUAGCCUGAGAAAAGCUUCAGCAGGGAAAAAGCAAACAAUUAAAAGAAAGAGUGCUGGCAAAUCAACAAAUUCUAAACUGAGUGUUGUUGGUUUUAGGGGGCGGAGUUCCUCAAACAAGAGGGAAUCACAAUUUUGAAUUUGCAUGUGAUCAUGCUGUACAAAACUAUCAAUUAUGUACAAGUUUCUUUUUUAAUCAUAUUUUUGCUCAAUGCAUCUUCUCCAAAUCCAUUUGGUUUUGCUAUUU